AUGGCAAUGGAAAAAAGUAAGCGACUUGUUUCCUUCCUUUUUAUGGUUGGUUUUAUUCAAGACGUCCAUGUUGCUGUGGGUCUGGAAAUGGUCAGCCUGAACACUCCAGUGACGGUCACUGUGUUGGAGGAAGCUGCUAACGGGGAUGUUAUCUAUACUCCAAUUGAUGCAAAUGGGCAAGGUGCCAAUGCACAAUACAAAUUUGCAUUAUUACCAAAUCCUGUCGUCCCGUUUCCAUUUGAACUAGUGCAAGGUCCACCCGAUGAGGACAAUUUUGCACAGAUACGAGCUGUAGUGCCACCAGGGUUUGAUUAUGACGUCAUAACAGAGUAUAUUUUGGGAAUUACAGUGACAGAUUUAAAUGACCCUAACGAUCCUGUAGUAACAGGAAAUCUCACGGUUAAAGUAAUAGACACUAAAAGUCCGCCCAGAUUUACAAACCUUCCUGCCACUGCGACAAUUGGAGAACUGGCCACAGUUCCAGAAUUGGUAAAAUAUGUAAAAGCCACAGACGAUGACACAUAUGCAGCAGAUAUAUCUUUCAAUAUCGUUGGAAGCAGUCCGUUUGGGGCUCCGUUCAAGAUUAUAAAUGUUACGUAUGACCUGUUUGCCUGGGAAGCAGCUGUAGGAAUUCAAAAUGCUAACCUUCCUGGAUUUGACUUCGAAAAUGGACCACCAAGCUAUGAAUUAUACAUAGAGGCUGUUGAUAAUGAUGGAUUGUCCACGACGUCUACUCUAACGGUUGUGAUCUCAGAUGAGAAUGAACCAAUCAGAAUAACCAAUUUACCAUCAACUAUCUACCUGCCAGAGUCGGCCACCGGAAAUGUGUUUUUGUUGACGUGGGAAGAUGAGGAUAACACAACAACAGCUAUGCCGACCUUUAUGAUUUCUACCACACCGUCAAAUGGACCAUUCGCAGUUGACAUAUCAGGCAAUAUUCGGGUGGUCACACCGGGAUUAAAUUACUUAGAUCGAUCAUUCUGGACCGUAACCAUAUAUAUCACUGAUCCAGAUGGUCUUUCUGAUACUGGAGAUUUACAUGUUUGGGUGACAGAUGUCAAUACAGGUCCCGAUAUUACUAAUCUAGACGACACUAUACAGAUUGGUGAAAUGAGUUCAGGAGGGUCGGCCAUAUUUGUUGUACAAGCUGUAGAUGACGAUGAAGAUGAUUAUUUCUGCGUCAUGUUUUCUGAUCCAAACGAUGGUAAUUUUUACAUGAAUACAACCACCAAUACUAUCUACGUAAUCGAUUCACCUACUUUGGAUUUUGAGACAUUGGAUGAAUACAUACUUACUGUGACAUGCCAUGACACAAUGUAUGCUGGGAUACCACAUAAAUUAACGGUUCAGAUCACAGAUGAAAAUGAACCACCAGAAAUUACUGACCUGCCUGCCACAGUUACUGUACCAGAAGAUGCUAUCAAUUCAGCUGAAAUCUAUGUGGCCGAUGGUUAUGAUAUAGAUGGUGAUGAUCUGAGAUAUUCCAUAACUGUCUCCCCGGCAAGUGGGCAAGGAAAAUUUUACAUAAGUAAUACAACAAACAAUGACUGUCGUAUAAAGAUAUCCAAUAAUCCCAGUUUUGAUUUUGAGACUAUAGACCAGUAUAUAAUUGUGUUGGAGGCAACUGAUGGUGAAUUCACAGCUACUGGUACACUUAAUGUUGAUAUAACGAACACCGAUGAACCCCCUAGGUUUGUAGAAGAUAAUCAAGACAUUCUCAUCGACGAAGAACAGAUUAUCGGAACAGUAGUACCAAUCAACUGGGCAGUAAUUGAUGUCGACGAUGCACUAACUGACCUGAAUUUCUUCAUGAUCGGAGAUACAUAUUCUCCCUACUUCAGCUUUACUUGGGGUUCUACUCCUGAACUACGUGUAGCUCAAAUCAUGGACUACGAAGCUGUAUUUCCUCAACCAUUCUCAAUUACAUUCACCGUGACUGAUCCAUCAGAUGGGAAAGAUUAUCUCAAUGUCAAUAUAUAUCUGCAGAACAUCAACGAUAAUGCGCCUGUAUUCACCCAAUCAGUCUACAUAACUUCUGUUCUUGAAAUGGAGUUAUAUGGUACGCUGGUACUUCAAGUUGUGGCCAUUGAUGAUGAUGUUGCCGACCUUAUCACAUACACAAUCCAACCAGCAAGUCUAUAUUUUGACAUUGAUACUCUAACUGGAGAUAUUACUGUAACUCAGUCAAUUGACUUAGAGACAGUUGGAGGAAUGAUUACCUUCACCGUAGUAGCAACAGAUAAUGGAUCCCCAUCACAACAGACCACGGCGACAGUAGAUGUGACUGUUCUCAAUGUGGACGACAACAUUCCAUUCUUUGAUAAGCCAUACUGGAAUUGGGAGAUACGCUUUGAUGCUGACGUUGACUCAUUCGUCAAUAGUGUAUCUGCAGUAGAUGAUGAUAUAAGUGGAAGUGAUGGAGAUGGUGAUAUAACAUAUAAACUGUAUCACUCACACCCUCGUUUCAACAUGGAGACGGAUGGUCGUGUAAUUAUUACUGACGAAAUGAAUCCAGAACAGAAAUACUUAUUAUUAUGUUAUGCAGAGGAUAAUGCAACACCACCGCAUGCAUCAAAUGUUGCCACAAUUCGUAUCGAUACUUUCAUACCACAGUUGGUACUUGUUGACAUAUUCCUGGGGAUUUCAGUAAGCGAAUUCACAAUGGACAAACGAAAGGAAUUUCUUGAUACACUAAAUGGUAUUUUCACCCCAUGGUAUUUCCGUAUAUCUACUGUUCACGAGCACAAUGAUCUGCAAGUCACUUCGCGCCAACUUCUACAAAGUUCAGCAGUUGUUGAAGCAUAUGCACUUACAAGUGACCUUACAGAAUACCAAUCAAACAUUGACACAGUUAAGGAAUUCGUUUAUUUCCAAGAUUUAGUAGGCGCAAUGACAAUCGACUCUACUGGUACUCCAACAGCAAUCAUCACCGGUCCAGAGUUUGAUACAUUUCCUAUUGUGAAGGUAGAACCAACUUAUGACGUAGAGACAGCGAAUAGUUACAAUUGGUGGUUGGACACGUUAGAAGGAUUUAUAACAAUAGGGAUUCUGUCAUUAUUGCCUCUUAUUCCUCUCAUUUUCCUGAUGAUAUGUUGUUGCCGGAAGUACAGAUGUUGUUCAAGACUAGCAAGUAUGUGCAAAAGAUGCACGUGUACAUGUUUGAAAUCAUUAUGUAGGAGAUCAAAGCCACAAAAAAAGAAAGAACCUUCACCUACUCCAGUAGUUGCAAAAGCUGUUGAUGAUCAAAAUGCCAAAAAGAAAGCAGAAACACUCAUUGUAGUACCAGCACCACUACGUGCUCCGCCUCCAGAAAAGAAAGUCAGGUCUUACAAUGGGGGUUACUCAAGUGCAGCCAGCUUGAAAAAGCAAUUCGAUGCCUUCAUUGGUGACAAGAAGCCAAGCCAAGCAAAAACUGGCACUCAAAUUAAUGGAUCGAGAAAGUUGCUUGCAUCUGGGCACGCUUUUGAGACUAUCAGUAAUCCUCCGGCUUCAGUUGAUCACGCCCCGAAAACACCAAUAGGCCACCGGCAAAGCGUUAGUCAUGGAGGUGAUAGUCGGGAAAACAGUGACUUGUUUCUGGGUAACAGGUCCUGGCGACUGGAUAUAGUAUUAUCGGAUCGUGUUUCGGUAUUGGAAGAAGCUGGUAAUGGAGACGUGAUUUAUACACCAAUCGAGGCAACGGGACAGGGUGCAAAUGCUAUGUACCAAUUUGCAAUAAUACCCAAUCCGAAUGUCUCGUUUCCAUUUGAACUAGUUCAAGGUCCACCCGAUGCAAACAAUUUUGCACUGAUACGAGCAGUAGUGCCACCAGGAUUUGAUUAUGACGUCAUAACAGAGUAUAUAUUGGAAAUUACAGUAAUAGAUCUAAAUGACAAUACCCAGCCUGCAGUAACAGGAAUUAUAACGGUUGAAGUGAUAGACACUAAAAGUCCGCCCAGAUUUACAAACCUUCCUGCCACCGCGACAAUUGGAGAACUAGCUACAGUUCCAGAAUUGGUAAAAUAUGUAAAAGCCACAGACGAUGACACAUAUGCAGCAGAUAUAUCUUUCAAUAUCGUUGGAAGCAGUCCGUUUGGGGCUCCGUUCCAGAUUAAAAAUGUUACGUAUGACCUGUUUGCAUGGGAAGCAGCUGCGGAAAUUCAAAAUGCUAACUUUCCCGGUUUUGACUUCGAAAAUGGACCACCAAGCUAUGAAUUAUACAUAGAGGCUGUUGAUAAUGAUGGAUUGUCUACGACGUCUACACUAACGGUUGUGAUCUCAGAUGAGAAUGAACCGAUCAGAAUAACCAAUUUACCAUCAACUAUCUACCUGCCGGAGUCGGCCACCGGAAAUGUGUUUUUGUUGACGUGGGAAGAUGAGGAUGUCCCAACAACAACAGCUGCAAUGCCGACCUUUAUGAUUUCAUCCACGCCGUCAAAUGGACCAUUCGCAGUUGACACGUCGGGUAAUAUUAAAGUGGUAACACCGGGAUUGAAUUAUUUAGAGCGAACAUUCUGGACCAUAACUAUAUAUAUCACUGAUCCAGACGGUCUUACUGAUACUGGAGAUUUACAUGUUUGGGUGACAGAUGUCAAUACAGGUCCCGAUAUUACUAAUCUAGACGACACUAUACAGAUUGGUGAAAUGAGUUCAGGAGGGUCGGCUAUAUUUGUUGUACAAGCUAAAGAUGACGAUGAAGAUGAUUAUUUUUGCGUCAUGUUUUCUGAUCCAAACGACGGUAAUUUUUACAUGAAUACAACCACCAAUACUAUCUACGUAAUCGAUUCACCUACUUUGGAUUUUGAGGCAUUGGAUGAAUACAUACUUACUGUGACAUGCCAUGACACAAUGUAUGCUGGGAUACCACAUAAAUUAACGGUUCAGAUCACAGAUGAGAAUGAAGCACCAGAAAUUACAGACUUGCCUGCCACCGUUACUGUACCAGAAGAUGCUAUCAAUUCAGCUGAAAUCUAUGUGGCCGAUGGUUAUGAUAUAGAUGGUGAUGAUCUGAGAUAUUCCAUAACUGUCUCCCCGGCAAGUGGGCAAGGAAAAUUUUACAUAAGUAAUACAACAAACAAUGACUGUCGUAUAAAGAUAUCCAAUAAUCCCAGUUUUGAUUUUGAGACUAUAGACCAGUAUAUAAUUGUGUUGGAGGCAACUGAUGGUGAAUUCACAGCUACUGGUACACUUAAUGUUGAUAUAACGAACACCGAUGAACCCCCUAGGUUUGUGGUCGAUAAUCAAGACAUUCUCAUCGACGAAGAACAGAUUAUUGGAACAGUAGUACCAAUCAACUGGGCAGUAAUUGAUGUCGACGAUGCACUAACUGACCUGAAUUUCGUCAUGAUCGGAGAUACAUAUUCUCCCUACUUCAGCUUUACUUGGGGUUCUACUCCUGAACUACGUGUAGCUCAAAUCAUGGACUACGAAGCUGUAUUUCCUCAACCAUUCUCAAUUACAUUCACCGUGACUGAUCCAUCAGAUGGGAAAGAUUAUCUCAAUGUCAAUAUAUAUCUGCAGAACAUCAACGAUAAUGCGCCUGUAUUCACCCAAGCAGUCUACACAACUUCUGUUCUUGAAAUGGAGUUAUAUGGUACGCUGGUACUUCAGGUUCUGGCCAUUGAUGAUGAUGUUGCCGACCUUAUCACAUACACAAUCCAACCAGCAAGCCUAUAUUUUGACAUUGAUACUCUAACUGGAGAUAUUACUGUAACUCAGUCAAUUGACUUAGAGAUAGUUGGAGAAAUGAUUACCUUCACCGUAGUAGCAACAGAUAAUGGAUCCCCAUUACAACAAACCAUGGCGACAGUAGAUGUGACUGUUCUCAAUGUGGACGACAACGUUCCAUUCUUUGAUAAGCCAUACUGGAAUUGGGAGAUUCGUUAUGACACUGAUGUUAGCUCAUAUGUUAAUAGUGUCUUUGCAACUGAUGCUGAUUUGGGUGCAGAUAAUGUGAGCAGUGGUAUCACGUACAAGAUGUAUCUUUCACAUCCUCGAUUCAACAUGGAAACAGAUGGCCGAGUUAUUGUUUCAGAUAAAUUGCAUCCAGAACAGAAAUACUUAUUAAUCUGCUAUGCAGAAGAUAAUGCAACACCGCCACAUGCAUCGCAUGUUGCCACAAUUCGUAUCGAUACUUUCAUACCACAGUUGGUACUUGUUGACAUAUUCCUGGGGAUUUCAGUAAGCGAAUUCACAGCGGACAAACGAAGGGAAUUUGUUGAUACACUAAAUGGUAUUUUCACCCCAUGGUAUUUCCGUAUAUCUACUGUCCACACGCGUAAUGAAUUACAGGUCACUUCUCGUCGCCUUCUAGAAAAUACGGCAGUUGUGGAGGCAUAUGCAUUAACUAGUGACCUUACGGAAUACCAGAUAAACGUUGAGGAAGUUAAGGAAUUCGUUUAUUUCCAAGAUUUAGUAGGCGCAAUGACAAUCGACUCUACUGGUACUCCAACACCGAUCAUCACCGGCACAGAGUUUGAUACAUUUCCUAUUGUGAAGGUAGAACCCACUUAUGACGUGCAGACAGCGAAUAGUUAUAAUUGGUGGCUCGACACGUUAGAAGGAUUGAUAACAAUAGGCGUUCUUUCUUCAUUGCCUUUUAUUGGUUUUCUUUGUCUAAUGUUAUGCUGCUGCUGGAAGUACAGAUGUUGUGCAAGAUUGGCAAGGUGCUACAAGCAACGCAAGUGUGGUUGUUGUAAAUCAGUGUGUAACAGAUCACAUUUACCUGACGUGAAAGAACAAUCAACACAUGAUGUUCGUCCCUCCAUAAUAAUUAAAGAUGAUGUGGAGCCGAAGACGAAGGGAGAACCGCUGAUAGUGGCACCAGCACAGCCACGUAACAUGCCUGUCCAGGAGAAAUCAUCAGAUAGAAGACUUAGGAACUACAAUGGGCGUUAUUCAAAAACGGCCAGUUUGAGGAAAGAAUAUGAUACUUUCGUUGGUGACAAGAAACCAGCUUUAGCAACAACCGAUUCCAAGAAAGAUGAGUUCGGAAAAGAUGGUUCCAUGAAGACUUUGGAUCAGGGCUCUAAGUUGAAAACAAAAUUGCCAGGCAAAUAUCCAGAUAUUUUUUAA